AUGACGAAGAAUGACAAUGUUUUCAGUGGUGCCGACACCAGUGUCAUUCGUGCAUCGGGUCACUAUUGGCGGCGACCUGAUAUGGUUAUCAAGAAGGUUGUGGAAAUGAGUUUGAGGAACGAGCUACAUGGUCCUCGCCAAAAUUUGAAGGAUUGGUACAGGUACAUGAGCCAAGGAGCAGUAGUUAUUCACAAGACAAACCCAAAUGUGCUUGUGCUUAUCUCAGGCUUGAAUUAUGACACUGAGUUGCAAUUCUUAAGGAGAAAACCAUUGAACAUAGACUUGGAGUUUGGCUUCAACAAGGCAGGUUCUUCAGUGGAAGACAACAAAUUCUUGACAUGCCUUCAGACUUAUCUUCUUGGAAAGGAUUUGGACUGGGGAUUGCGGGCUUUCCAAGGUACCUACUAUUUGAAGAAAGACCAGGUCCAAGGUGAUGAGUCAUUUGGUGUAAUGGAUGAAACAUGGCACAACCUUAGAUAUCCCAAUUUCACCGACAAGUUCCGACUUUUGCAAAGGAAGAAUCUUGAACCUAACUCCAAUGCCUCCAUUGUAAAUAUCUUGUACCAACCAUUAUCUGGUCAAUGUGCGCAAGUGAAUGACAAGAAUGAAGUUGAACUUGGAAGUUGUGAGACCAAAAACAAAUGGGUUCGUGGAGAGGAUACCACUAAAAUCAUUUUACAUGGCUCUAAGAAAUGCUUAACAACAGUUGGUGAAGGGCUUCUAGUUGUAGUUUUUGAUUGUGAAAGGAAUAACAAUUCUUGGAAAUUUGUAUCUCUUUCUAAACUUCACUUGGCAACUCUAAAUCAACAUGAGGAACAAGUUUGCUUGUAG